AUGGCAUCAGGCGGCGGCGGCGGUGUCGUUGUGUGCAACAAGAGAUACCGACGAUCGGACGGCGACGAAGGCGAGACGAGCGGCCGCAACAAGAGAUGCGGCGUCGGCCCAAGCUCUGGGGCCAACGCCGACGGCGAGAGCGGCGCUUACAUGGACGACGGGGCCAAAACGGCUGAUGACGACGCCGCCGCCGGCGAGGACUACAUGUACGGGUACGAUGACUUCUACGACGACGACGAGGAAGCCGAUGAGCAAUCAGAGGGCGACGCCGCCGCCUCGGCACGCGACACGGAGCAGAGGUACGUGGUCCUCACCGAGUCCGACCUCCGCGCGCGGCAGGAGGCGGACGCGGCUAAGGUCGCGGAGGUCCUCUCCAUCCCGGCGGGCUUCGCGGCGAUCCUGCUGCGCCACUUCAAGUGGCGCGUGGGGCGGGUCCAGGAGGAGUGGUUCACGGACGAGCGGCGCGUCCGCGGCGCCGUCGGCCUGCCGGCACCGGAAGACGGCGGCGGCGGCGAGGUGAUCCUAGUCCCCUGUGCGCGCAGCUCGCUGGCGCAGGUCUGCGGCAUCUGCUUCGAUCCGUACCCCGCCUGGCGGACGCGGUCGGCGGGGUGCGGACACUACUACUGCGACGGCUGCUGGGGCGGGUACGUCGCCGCGGCGGUGGCCGACGGCGCGCGGUGCCUGUCGCUGCGGUGCCCGGACCCGUCCUGCUCGGCGCCCGUCGUCCGGGAGCUCGUCGACGCGGUGGCGGCGGGCGCCAAGGACAGGGCCCGGUACGCGCGGUUCUGGCUCCGGUCGUACGUGGAGGAGAGCGGCGGGCGGAUCAAGUGGUGCGGCGGCGCCGGGUGCACCCGUUCCGUGGAGUUCCUGGGCGACGCCGCCGGCUACGCGGCGGCGACGGACGUGUUCUGCGACUCUGGGUGUAGGCACGGCUUCUGCUGGGGCUGCGGCGAGGAGGCGCACCGGCCGGUGUCGUGUGGCACGGUACGCGCGUGGCUGGCCAAGAACGCCUCCGACUCGGAGACGGCCAAAUGGGUGGUGGCGCACACCAAGCGCUGCCCCAAGUGCGCGCGGCCCAUCGAGAAGAACCACGGCUGCAACCACAUGACGUGCGGCGCGCCCUGCCGCCAUCAGUUCUGCUGGCUCUGCUUCGACCCCUGGGACAACCACCGAGGCUGCACGCGCUACGACUCCCGCCGCCAGCGGCAGGAGGUGGAGGCCGCCGCCGCCGCCGCCGCGGACGAGGAGAAGGAGGCGCGGCGGAGGCACGCCAAGGCGUCGCUCGACAGGUACCUCUACCACUACGAGCGAUGGGCGGGCAACGGCAAGUCGCUGCAGAAGGCGCUCGCGGACGCGGACGAGCUGGAGCGCUCGGAGCUCGAGAGGAUGGCUAGGAUGGUGGACGUUCCGGCGAUGGAGCUCGGGUUCGUGACGGAGGCGUACCGACAGAUCGCCGACGGCCGGCGUGUUCUGCGGUGGGCGCACGCCUACGCCUACUUCCUGUUCCUGGACCCGGAGCGCGACGCGGCCAAGCGCGACCUGUUCGACGACCUGCAGAGCCAGGCCAACCGCUGGCUCGAGUGCCUGCACAGCUGCGCCGAGCUGGAGAGGAAGGAGCUCUUCGGUGGUGGUGCCGACGGUGGUGACGGCGAGUCCACCACCGUCGCCGUCGAGGCGUUCAGGGCAUACAAGGAGAAGGUCGCGAACCUCACCGGAGUGACGCGGAAAUUCAUGGGGAACCUUGUGAAAGCGUUCAAGACCAACCUGCCGGAAGUGGUGGUGACGCCGGCAUUCGAUUUCGAUCACAUAGUGAAUGGACCAACGAUGGGCAGCCAAACAGCUGGUGUUGGAGGCACUAUUUCUAGUGUAACUCGUAUACUCAACUGGUAUACCGAAGCACAUACUGCAAAUGGCAGUGUGCAAGAACACAGCCCUAUAAGAAACCCUGUUCAGCAUCCAGUUCGUCCUGGUGGUCAUGGCGGCCUCCUCAGCAAUCCGUCACAGUUUCCACCAAUGAACUCAUCUUUUCUCGGAGAAGCUACAACCUCGAUGGGACCGCCAAAUAUAGGGCCAAUAACACCAUUACAGGUCCACAUGUCAAACAUUGUAUCAAGUGGCACGACAUCGACACCCUCUGUCACCUUCUCUAUGUCUGGAUCUGGACAACCAAUUGGUACUGAACUGAUGAUGGUACAGAGCACAGCUCUUGGCUCCUUUGGCUCAAACACUUCUACUGCAUGGGACAAUUCAGACAUUGCUGAAUCAUCCUCUCAGCCUAACAGCAUGGGCAUGAAUCGACAAUCAGGAAUCAAUCCCCUCAGUUCGGCCAUGAAUGUGCCUUUUGGGCUGCAUCAGAAUGCCCAACAACCGCCACCAAAAUAUGUCAAAAUUUGGGAGAGUUGGAGUGGAACAGUGUCCAAAACAGUUGCAGCGGACUGGCCAGAAACUAUGCAGAUUGUUCGCCUCAUAGCGCAGGAGCAUAUGAACAACAAACAAUAUGUUGGAAAGGCAGACGUUCUAAUAUUUCAGACUUUAAAUCAGCAUGGGUUUCUUGGACAACUACAAGAGAAGAAGCUGUGUGCUGUGAUACAAUUACCAUCACAAACUCUACUACUUUCAAUGUCUGACAAAGCAGGCCGUAUGAUUGGCAUGCUCUUCCCUAAGAACAUGGUGAUGUUCAAACCAGAGGUCUUAACUCAGCCAUCACCGGUGCAGCAGGAAAAGCUACAGCAACAACAAGAACUUCUACACCACCAACAGCAACAGCUACAUCUUCAACAACAGCAGCAAAACUUACAGCGUCUUCGACAACAAAUCCUACAGCAGCAACAGAUGCAACAAAUGCAGCAUCAGCAGCAAUAUAUGCGGCAGCAGAAGCUACGCCAACAACAACUUCAACACCAAGAACCGCUACUUUUAUUUACGCCAGAAGAACAGCGACAGCUGUUGCAACAAAUACAACAACAACAACCUCGAUAUCAGCAACAACUACAGCAACAAAUGCAACAUCAACAACAACCGAGGCAACAAAUACAACAUCAGAAGAAUCAGCAGCAACAUAUGCAGCAAAUGCAGCCCCAGCAACAACCAUUGCCUCAAAUGGUCGGCACAGAAUUAGGCAGUGACGAUGAUGCAAGGGAAGAUUGGGUCACAGGGGCUGGGCAGCAUGCCUAG